AAAAUGAGAAUUCGGAUAUUGUUAUCCACUGGAUUUACUAUCAUCUCGAUUUGCAUUUAAAGUAGGUUGUGCAAUAGCAUAACGAAAUAAUUCGUUUAAAGAAAUGGAUUUGGACACUGCUUAUAUUGGUAAUUAGUAUAAAUUUAUAUCAAUCAAGAUGUUGAUAGGCAAAUAUAAAUGUUUAAUAUUCAAAGAAAUGAACCUAAAUUUUCUUGUUGAAAUAAAUGUCUAUUUAACACAGAACCUUUAAUUGAUGAUUGGCUAGAGGGACUUAAAUCAUACGUUAAACAGCAAGAAAAUCUUAUUAAAGCUAAAGACGAAUUUUACAUGCCAUUUAUAGGUAAUUGUUACAUUCAAAACUGUAUCUCUUUGCUGAUAUUAGCUAUUCCACUUCCAAUUGUUAAAGCAAUAUUUAAAAUAACAGAACAUCUUGAUUUGGGACCAAAUACUAAAUAUAUUACCAUUCAUUUAUAUGAUAAAUUUAUAUGUAAUUAUUUUUGGGAAAUCUAUAGAAAUGCUGACCAAACAGAAAGUUCUUGGUCUCAAAUUUGUAAAAAGAUAUCAAGUCAAUCAAAAUUAUAUCUUAUGUCUUGUUUGCAGUUAGCAAAUAAAAUGGAUUCACAUUUUAAUACCUUAAAAAUAUCGCAAGUACUUAGUAUUUUAAGGUGUAUAGAUAAAAAAUCUAAAUAUACACACAAUAUAAUUUUUUCAUCAGAAUAUAAAGUAUUUAAAACUGUUGGAUUUAGAAUGCCAUUUUGUACACCUUUAAAUUGCAUAGAAGUUCUUUUAGCUGCAACAGGAUUGAAAGAAAAUCCAAAUAUGCAAGAGCUUACUAUAAAUUUAUUGGAUUUAGUUUAUCUCCAGAGGGAGAAGUUUUAUUCUCAUUUGCAAUGUUUAAUCCAAGGGCAUAUUGCAAGAACUGAACAAGAAAAAAGAAGUCUUAUGACAUUAGAAUCAAAUAUAUUACUUCUUGGAGCUUCUGUUGUUCUUUGUGGAACAUUUAUUUCAUGUGUAGAUAAUGGGACAGCAAAAGUUAUAGCUUCAAAAUUAUCAGAAUUAAUAGAUAUAAAAGUUGAUGAUAUCUGGGAUAUGGCUAAUAUACUUCUCAUAAUGGCAAUUCAAGAAUAAUUAUUUUAAAAAAUAUAUAAUAUAUAUACAAUAUAUAUAUAUAU